UUUUCAGGCGGACUUGUGGGGGAAUUCUUCGGACCCCACCCCCCCUGGAAGACUACAAAUACCCAGGGCCUGAGCCUGCAGAAGAAUCUGCAGCCCGCACUGUGCACAGGCUGCUGACCUCCCGCUGCAGCUGCUGCAAGAGCGAUGGAGCCGACUUUCUGGUCCGUGCACGUGAAGCAGGCCUGGGAUUCCGCACCGGUGGCGCCAGAGACCGAACCUCUGCUCCCCGUCUUCUCGGAAGAACGUGGGCCGUGGCCUCUUCCUUUCUAUCCGGUCCUAGGAGGGAUCCGCUCCGACAGAGGUGACGAUCUCGAGCAACCGCUUCCAUGUCUCCAGGGUGACUUGUCGGGAUCCGACGUGAGGACCGAGUCUUCCAGCGAGCCGGACUCCCCGCGGGCCUUCCACGAGGGACGAGGGCGAACUGCGACCCCGGCAAGCGUGGAGGACUCCGAUGUAGAACCGGUCUCAGAGGCAGAGCAGCACGGGCCCUGGUCCAGAGCGCCCCACCGAGGCCGCGAAUCGCAAGACACCGAGACCGCGGAAAGUAGAAGCCCUGGGGAGUGUAAGCCGCCCAGCACCGGAGACCUGAGGGGAGGAUCGCGGGUUUGGUCCGCCAUCUGGCGGCGCAUUUGUAGCGUGUUCUGCUGUUGUGUGCCACGUGGCUGCUGCAUACCGGAACGUGGCAGCAGGGAGCCUUAG